CCCCCCAUCUCGAUCCAAAGCCACGGGCCGAGUAAUGCUGAACUUCGUAGCCGUCGCCCUCCUCGCCACCACCCUCGCCGCCGCCGGGCUCUGGUCACCCUCGCCGGAGCCCCACCACCACCACCAACUCCGCCGCGACGAGAUUCUCCUCGAGGGCCACCGCGUCAUCGUCGUCGAGUACGAGCGCCGCGUCCCCAUCGGAGAACCCGAAGAGGAGCCCACCCACCACUCCGCCGCAAAGGAUAAGAUCUGCGACGCUUACGGCGUGUGCCGGGACAAGCUAUCCACCCUGCUGGGCAAAACCAAGGAUAAGCUCUCCGAAGCAGAGGACUUCGCCGAGGAUAAGGCCCACCAAGUGAAAGAGGGCGCCGAGGACGCCAUUAGCAAAGCCAAGGAUAAGGCCGCGCAGCUCAAAGAAGGGGCCAAGGACGCGGCGAAGAGCACCAAGGAUGCGGCGGAGCGCGCCGUGGAUAAAGCGGCGGGCGCUACGGACGCUCUCAGGGACGCUGCUGGCGCCGCUGAGGAGAAGGGGCGCGACGCUGCUGCGAACGCUUCGGCUUCUGCGGUGGCGAAAGCGGAGCACGUGACGGGGACGAACCUCUCGGACGUGGCGCGGCGCGCGCGCGAGGUGGCGCGGGACGGGGCGGCGUGCGCGUGGGCGCGGGCGCCCGGGGCGGGGCGCGCCGCGGCCGGCGUGGCGCACCUGGUCGCGGCCGCCGCGGCGUACGGGACGUGCGUGUGGGUCACCUUCGUGUCGAGCCACGUCCUCGCCGCCGCGCUGCCGCGGCAGCUGUUCGGGGUGGUGCAGAGCAAGCUCUACCCGGUGUACUUCCGCGCCGUCGCGUACUGCGUCGGCGCUGCGCUUCUCGCGCAGCUGCUCGGGAGGGACCGCCGCUUUGCCGCGGAGCGGGUGCAGAGCUAUAAUUUGCUCGGCGUGUUGGCGCUGGUGCUUGUUAACAUGCUCUUCUUAGAGCCCAAAGCUACCAAGGCUAUGUUUGAGAGGAUGAAGCUGGAGAAGGAAGAAGGGAGAGGGAGGGACAUCGCCGACAUGGUCGAGCCGGCGACGACAGCUGGGUCCCCAACAACCGCCACCGCCACCGCCACUGCCACCGCUUCGGCGGUGCCGCGUAACGCCACGAAGGGGACGAUGGCGGAUCCGGAGAUGAUGAAGAGCCGAAUAACGAAGCUGAAUAAGAGACUGAAGAUGCUCAACAACUACUCCUCGACGCUCAACAUUGUCACCAUGAUGGGCCUCUCAUGGCAUCUGGUGCACCUAGCUCAUCAGUUGCAGAAGCAAUGCUAGACGCAAUAGGCUGAUCUGGGUUUGGGUGUGGGCCGUAUAGGUUUGGUUUUGUUGUAUGUUGUAUAGUUCUGUAGUUUAACAUGACGCUAACAUGUAAUAGCUAGCCUGUUGUUACAUCCAGAAAUUUCCUUUUCUGUUGAAGAAUGUGUUACUUAUGUUCAAGACGAA